AUGGCUUUUCCGCAACAAAAGUUUCUCCUUUUAUGUUUUGUUAUUUGCAGUAGUUUGCUAUCAUCGGUUUCUUCGCGAGGUGCAGUUUAUCAGCCACCGAACGUUGAGAGAUUAACCGAUCGUUUCCCUACAAUGCCAAUCACUCAAGGGAUGACUACGUUGUUUGGAGCAUCAAAUAUUCAUCUGAAGAACAAUGGAUCAUUUGUUGACAUCGUUCUAGACAAAACCUCAGGUUCUGGAUUGAUUUCAAAGAACAAAUACUACCAUGGAUUUUUUAGUGCUGCAAUAAAGCUGCCAAAGGGGUUUACAUCAGGCGUAGUACUAGCUUUCUACAUGUCAAAUUCAGAUGAAUUUCCACAUAACCAUGAUGAGAUAGACUUUGAAUUGCUUGGCCAUGCGAAAAGAAGGCAAUGGGUUCUGCAAACAAAUAUGUACGGAAAUGGAAGUGUUAGAACCGGAAGAGAAGAAAAGGUGUACCUCUGGUUUGAUCCCACACAGCAGUUUCAUCAAUACACCAUCCUUUGGAACAGCCACCACAUUGUGUUUCUAGUCGACAACAUACCUGUAAGAGAGGUAAUCAAUAAUCAAGCCAUCUCAUCUGUCUACCCAUCAAAGCCGAUGUCGUUGUACGCAACCAUAUGGGAUGCUUCAGAUUGGGCGACGGAUGGAGGAAAAUACCCUGUCAACUAUAAUUAUGCACCUUUCGUGGCGUCGUUGGGAGAAUUGAAACUCGAAGGUUGUAUUACAAAAAAUACAAUCUCGCCAACGGCUGCUGAAUGUUCAAAGAAUGCAACCCGUCCAAGCUCGGAUAUGGUGGAAGGAGCGAAUUAUGCAAGACUGUCGAAACAACAGAUGGCUGGAUUGAAUUGGGUUAGGAGAAAACAUAUGUUUUACUCGUAUUGUAAAGACACAAAAAGAUAUAAAACAUUGCCGGCUGAGUGCAAUGCUCGCUAAUUCAUUGUAAUUACAUGUGACGUUCCAUUUUUUAGGGUUAAAGAUUGUGGGAGCAAACGAACCAAAGC